UCUUUACCAACUUCGCAUUAGCCUUAUGUCGAAUAGCAACCCUGCAGCUGGUCGUUCUGAAGCUACGACUACACCAAGCAGAACCUCAACAAGAGCGCUAUUAUACCAAUCAGAAACUACUUUCGUUGGCUUUCGUACGGUAGAAUGCGGCACAAAUCCAGCCUUUGGUCCCAAUGUGCUAUGCGUCAACGGCUCGCCAAUUGUGGUGAAGGGCGUGAACAGAC